GGAAUCUCAGCCGUCAGAUUACAGGCGUCACCGAAUCCGAAUAGAGAAGUGGAAGAGAAUUCAAACCAUUUUCCGUCGACGGAAACGAAAAUUCAAACUCAUCAAUUUCCGUCGACGUAGAAGACGUUCUGGUUGAUUUCUUCAUCUAACCGAGUAAAGGCAGCGACUUCGCCCGAGAGGUUUCUGAAAUAAAGUUUCAAUGGCGAGGAUUAAACCUCAGGCUCUUUUGAAUCAGAGCAAGAAGAAGAAGGGCCCGAGUCGUAUAAGUGUCUCCACAAUCUUUAUGUGUAGUCUUGUUAUCGCAUUAGUCAUACUAUCCUUGGUGGCUACGUAUCGUCAUUUUUCGCAAAGGCCAAGAAACCAGACGGGGAAUGAAAUGCAGAGAUUUGAGGACAUAAAUGUAGCAUCGGAGUCAAAGAAAUAUGAUCUGCCUGGAUAUGCGGAUAUAAACACGUCGAAAGGUCUGAUAACUGUGGAGCUCUUUAAAGAAGGUUCUCCGGAAGCUGUGGAUAAGUUUCUAGACCUCUGUGAGAAAGGGCAUUUCAAGGGAAUGGAGUUUAACCAGGUGAUAAAGAACUACAUGGUGCAGGCGGGUCAUUCCCCGAGCUCUGUACCUGUCGAAGAAUGGACUUCUAAAGGGAAACUCCGCAGCCGUCUUCACACCAGCCCAAAACACGAGGCGUUCAUGGUGGGGACGACGAAAGGGAACAGCAAGGAGUUUGAGCUUCUGAUCACCACGGCUCCGAUCCCCGAUCUGAAUGAUCGCCUGAUCGUUUUCGGACGAGUCCUCAAGGGAGAGGACGUGGUACAGGAGAUUGAGGAGGUUGAUACAGAUGAACACUACCAACCAAAAUCGACGAUAGGGAUCAUUGACGUUACACUCAAACGAGAUGUGUGAAUUUCCGUGUACUCCUACUUACUUCCUUUGUAAUCAUGCGGCAUACUUUGGCCGGUCCGUGGGUUUUGUUUAUGUUUCGGAGGGAAAGGGACAUGUAACAGAUUUUUGGCAACGAUUUCUGUAAUUUAUUCCUUCUUGUGGAAACGGGGGAAAAAAUUUCCAGUU